AUGGAAAAUCAAUCAAAUGCAAAUCAAUGCUUACCUUCGUCAGAUGACAAAGAAAAAUCUGUAGCAAAUACGAGUUCGGCUUUGAAGGAUAUUUGUAAUAUCAAAAUGGAGUCUGAAUCAUAUCGAACGUAUUCGAACACAACAGAUUUAAAAUCUCUUACCAGUCGAAAGCGAUCUGUCGAUGAUGUCUGCGGUUCCGAAACUGAUGGAGAAAAUCAAAUCGAUAUUCCACACUUGAAAAGAUUAUGUGUGGAUCUACAAGCUCGAGUUGCUCGUUUAGAAACAACCUGGAUGCCAUCAGCAGAACAUAACGAGAUCGUCCAACAUACUCUGAAUGAUAUGCUCACAUGCGUUGAUCAUCGUAUUGCUGUUCCACACAACAACAACAACGACAUGGCGAAUGCAAUGCAAAUACUGAAUAUUAGCUCCAUUGAAAUGAUGAAACUAAACAAACGAACUGCUACAGGAACGGCUCGAUCAAUUAUUAAAUUCAAAGUUCCUGAUCCACCUGUUGAUUUUCGAUUACCAAAUGUUGAUAAGGAGAAUCGGUCUGAAGCUAGCACGAAGGCGCUAGCACGAACAAACGAUGUGUUAGCUAAAAACGUUUUUACUAACUGUUGUGAAUCUGAUUGUUUACAUGAAUUGUAUUGUAUUGCUGAAGGAAUGUGA